GUCGAGUUGCAGGCGCUCCUCCGGCGACAGCGCGCAUCAUGGGCUCCGCCGGCUCCCCGAAGACGCUCCCUUUGCAGGGCCUCCUGCUGUGGCUCUUUCUGCUCGCCUGCCCAGAAUGCCAGGCAGACGUGCAGGUAUCUGUCCCAGCUGUGAUGGAUGUUCUCCUAGGUGACCCGGUGUCCAUUUUGUGCACCCACACUGUGACCGGGGGAGACGGCUACCUUCUGGUGGAGUGGUUCAUUACGGACAAGAAUGGGGAGCAGCGCCGUGUGGCCUACAGCGACCAGGGUCGCCAGGGGGUGGACAGAGCCACGGAAUACACUGACCGCGUCUCGAUGGACCCCAGCCACAGCCUGGUCAUCCAAGCCGCUGCCGUGAGUGACGAGAGAGCCUUCUCCUGUCAGGUGACCAGCACGUCGGGGAAUGGAAUGGGAGUGACCCAACUCAAGGUCUACGACCCACCUGAGCCCCCAGAGCUCGUGCAAAACUCCGGGUCCGUCUCGGUGAUCCAGGACCAUGCGUCCGAGAUUGCAACGUGCAACAGUAAUAAUGCCAACCCGGUGCCCACCGUCAGCUGGUACAAAGAUGGCCGUCUUCUGAAUGCCUCCACUGAGCGUAAUAAGGAUCUGUACGUGGUGUCGCGGACUGUGAAAGAGGCCUCGGGCCUCCAAUCCGUUUCCAGCACACUGUAUCUGCGCGUGAACAAGGCCGAUAAGGACUCCACGUUCCUCUGCAAAGUCAGCUACUCGAUGCCGUACGGAAAAGUUGGCAGCGCCGAGUCGGAACCGUUCCAGCUCAAGGUGCACUACUACACAGAGAAUGUGCACUUUGCUUUGGAUUCUCCAAAGGUCAUCAAGGAAGGCGACGACGUGCGGCUGCAGUGCAAGGCUGAUGGGUUCCCUGAACCCGAGUACUUCUUUACUAAAUUGCAGAAACUGACUCCUGGAGUUGAGCAGGACAUGGGUUCCAGCCCCACCGGUACCUUGCACCUUCCAAGCGUGACCAAGGACAGCAGCGGCACCUACCGGUGUCAAGUGCUUGACUUCGACAGUCCUGAUGAGGUGGAACUGGAGCAGGAGGUGACCAUCUUUGUCAACUAUCUGGAUCCACUGGUCAUGAAUCCGAGCGAAAUGGUGACGGCAAACUUGAGCGCAAACCUCAAACUGACCUGCUUGGGUACUGGCUCACAGGCGCCCAUGUUGUCGUGGUGGAAGGGCAAGGAGCCGGUGGGGAGUGGGGAGACUUUGGUCCUGGAUUCGCUGACCUACCACAAGGCCGGCACGUACACCUGCCAGGCAUCUGUGCCCAGCAUCCCAGGGCUGCAGCAGAACGAAUCUGUCCAGGUCGUUGUUGAAGGAAAGCCGGAGAUAGAGCAACAUCAGCCCAUAGGUCAUUACCACAGUCUGGGCCAGACGGUGAUGCUUACCUGCUCAGCUUUGGGCCAUCCUCAGCCGGAGAUUAGGUGGAGCGUGUCUGGCAAGGAGGCUCUGAGGCACUCUGGGAACAAAGUCAUUGGCGACCUGUCGGUGGAGGUCACCCCCGAGCUGGUUCAGAGCGGGGUCAAGUGUCGGGCAGAGAACAAUUACGGCUCUGCGGAACAGACGUUCCAGCUAGAGAUCGUUUCCCCAACAGCAUCUUCUUCCCCGGGGCCAGCAGUGGACAGCGAAGAGAGCCAGGGCGGCAGCACGGUGGCGGUCAUCGCGGUGUGUGUCUGCGUCCUGCUGCUGCUGCUGAUCGUGGGCUUCUUCUACUUCAUGCAGCGCCGUGGCCAGCUGCCCUGCGGCGGGGGCGAGAAGAGAUCGUUGACUCCCAGGGAAGGGAACCCCGAUGAUACGGUGGUGGAGAUGAAGACAGACAAGCGGAACGAGCAGACGGGGCUGCUGAGCCCCGGAGGUGGUGGCGGCGGCGGAGGGACAAACGAGUGCUGAGAGCCGGCCCGGAGUUGUCUUGUUCCCGAGGAGACCCCCCUGCCCGCUCUGCACCACCCACCGUGGAUGAAGAGGAUGCCCUGGCUGGAUUGUGCGAGGGGGAGGCAGUCCUUCCAGCCCCUCCCUUCCGCGAGAGGCAGGAAACAUCCCCCUGCAUCUGGACUUUGGCUGUGGAAGUAGGGUGAAGCGCAAGGGUUGGGCUGCCAUGACUUCCUCCUCCUUAAAAACGCCUGGUUUUGUUUUGUUUU